AUGGCAGUUAACGGCCCGUGGCGUGUGCGGGAGGGCUCGUCCCUCGGCGGAGACCCGCGGCGCGGCUCCCCUCAGCCCGCCGGGCCUCCCUGUCGCAGCUCCCCUCGCCGUCGCGGCGGCCCCGAGUUCCUCCCGGAAACACGCUGGAUCUGGGAUCCUCCCGGAAACACGCUGGAUCUGGGAUCCUCCUGGAAACAUGCUGGAUCUGGGAUUCUCCCGGAAACACGCUGGAUCCGGGAUCCUCCUGGAAACACGCUGGAUCUGGGAUCCUCCCAGACUGACUGGAGUCGAUCCCGGUUGACAGCCCUCGUCUCACCCUCACAGGCCCUGGGCUCAGCGAGGAGCCAGCUCUGCCUGGCCACUGGUGUUCCCGCCCUGGGCCGGCAAAGGGCUGCCAUGGCCACCUCCUGGGGAGCCACGGCCUCCGGACAGAGCCGGCGGGGGCCGCGCGUGGGUCGGGCUCGCUGCGCCCACGAACCACACGGGUGCUUUUGUCAGCCCGAGGCGGGCAACGGGGUGCGGGGCCUGGGCGGGGGUCAGACGGAGGCACUGCAGUUUUUGGUGGCCUCGGCCUUCAUCACUAGGCUAGAGAUUAACUUUGCGAAAGGGGAAAGACCCCCACUACUUUUUAAUGGCCAGUCUCAGCGUCGUAGUCCCGGCAGCCCUUUGGCUCACCCUUUGCUGCCCCUUUCGCACCAGCUAGGGAAUGGGAACAAGUAUGCGCUACAAAGUGGGCAGGUCAUGCGUGGGGAGCGGGCCGUGACCAUUGAGGCUGGAGGAGUGCCUUGGAUCCCAUGUCACCUGAUUCACUACCUGAGACUCAGCCAUCACUUGAUAGUUCUGAAUUAUUUGAUUUGUACCUUUGACAAGCUGAAGUCUGUCUCCUCUGAAGACAUUAACAUCACGGAUGCUGUUUUUGACGGUGUGGAAGUCAGAGUGUUUGAACCUCCUGCAAAGCAAGAUGAAAGGCUCAAGCGCAGCGUUGUUUACAUCCAUGGAGGGGGCUGGGCCUUGGCAAGUGCAAGAACAAGCCUUUAUAACAAUCUCUGCAGAAUCAUGGCUGAAUCUCUCAAUGCUGUCGUUGUCUCAGUUGAAUACAGGCUGGUACCAGAGGUGUGCUUCCCCGAGCAAUUCCAUGAUGCUCUUCGUGCUACUAAGCAUUUUUUGCAGCCUGAUGUCUUAGCCAAGUAUUCAGUUGACCCAAGUCGAAUUGCAAUUUCUGGCGAUAGUGCAGGAGGAAAUUUGGCAGCUGCUGUGUGUCAGCAGCUUAGUAAAGAUGAGCAUUUGACCAUCAGACCAAAACUGCAGGCCUUAAUUUAUCCAGUCCUUCAGGCAUUUGACUUCAAUACACCUUCUUAUCAGCAGAACAUGAAUAUGCCCGUUCUUCCUCGUUAUGUCAUGAUCAACUACUGGAUAGAUUAUUUCAAUGGUAAUUAUGACUUGGCUCACUCACUGCUGAUUAACAACCACACUGCUCUUGACGUUGGCCAAGCUCUCUCUUUCAGAGGACGUCUGAACUGGACAUCUCUACUGCCUUCAUCAUUCAAAAAGAACUACAAGCCUGUGAUACAAACCACAGGCAAGGCUGAAAUCAUCCAGGAGAUACCAGCGCUGCUUGAUGUACGAGCAGUCCCACUCCUUGCAGAAAACGAAACUCUGCAGCUGCAGCCAAAGACUUACAUCCUGACCUGUGAGAACGACGUCCUGCGAGAUGACGGGGUGAUGUACGCCAAGCGCUUGGAGAACGCCGGCGUGGAAGUCACGCUCGAUCACUUUGAUGACUGCUUUCAUGGCUGUAUGAUAUUCACCAUUUGGCCUACUGAUUUCUCUGCGGGAGUUCAGACUAGGAACAGCUAUAUAAAAUGGCUGGAUGAAAACCUCUGA